GUGACAAGAGCUGUAUGCUUCUGUAACUCUAGUGUGUAAUUGUUCUCUCCAUUUUCCCUUUCGUUUUUCUCUAUCUGCAUUUGUUGUGUUGGUAAAUUCUCCUGUAAAAAUCAUGGCUAGAGCUUCUUCUUUUAUUACUUCUUUUUCUUUAUUCUUCAUUUACCCAUCCAUCUAAUCAGGGGUGAAAAUCCCUCCAAGAUCUCGAGCACGCAGAGUAGAGAGUAUACGUUAGCAAAGGGUAAUUCGAGGAAUCUCUCAUAUUCCAGUAGAAGCACUAAGAAGAACCAGAAUUAGAAUCGGUUCAAUUGGUGAAAACCCUCUUCUUCAAGGUCUCAAUAGUGUAGGAGGAGGCCCUACUUCUGAAACAAACCCAUCAUUCUUACAUUCUUCUGAAGCGGCAUAGGGUAAUCGAAGACACCGUUCACGCCUAUUCUCAAGAUUAAUAUCGGAAAGUGCUGCUUCUCUUUCCUCCAUUUCAUCUGCCCUAAACAAAGCAAAAAGAUUGAUUGGAGAUCUUGAAACAUACAUCAAUGAUCGACUUUUUAGAAGUUCAGAUGUUUCACAGAUUCUACCAGGUAAUCAAGAACACAACACUUAUCUUCCAAAUGGUGGUGAUAUUCACCUUCAACUGCUCAGAAUGUAAAGAUGAAUACGAAUCCAAAUCUAAAUCCUGUUGUCCCUGUUUCUUCUAGUUCUUCACAAAGAGCGAUUGCUACUACUAUUGUUCAUUUGGAUAAUCUAUCAACUAAUAGUGCUCUAGAGAUUGAUCUAACUAUAUCGUAUCAUUCUUCUUCUUCUGCUAGGAGAGCUGUUGUUUUAAGGGCGUUGAGUAUGGAAGGUGGAACUUCAGAUGAAGAAGAAUAACAGGUUGGAGAAGAUAAGUGGGUGGUGCUUCGUAAGAGAGAGAGAGAUAUAUUAAAUUUCUUUCCUUUUUUCUUUUUCUUUUUUAAUAAAAAAAUUAAGAUAAUAAGAGAAAACCUCAUAAAUGGUUCAUGGCUAUUGAAAUGACAAAAAUACCCCUCACUUAACGGUGAAAUGCUGACGGAGUGAACCGGAAUGAUCAAAUAUUAAAAUUUUUGAAACCAUAGGGACCAUCUGUAAGGUUUUUUGAACUUAAGGAUUAAACUUGAUAUUUUUGAAAACUACAGGGACCAUUUUUGAAGUUUUGUCUAAAGUUAAUAUGGAUAAGGAUUUAUUUAUAAUAAAAUAAUCAAAAGUUAUACUAUGUAAAGUAAAAGUUAAAUAUAGUAAAUCAGAAGGGUAUAAAUGAAAAGUUUGGUAAACUUAAGGAUUGGUUAACACAAUUGACAUGGAGAAUCUUGAUACAAUUUCAAGAACCGUUUCGUUGGUUGAUAGUAGCCUAGUAAUAUACUAGCAAAUUAGCAGCUCCCUUAGGUCCAUGUUCGUGUCGAUGGGAAUAAUUCAAGUUUAAUUUGCAUAUGGAACUGGAAUCGAUCCCCCGCGUGGAAUCUUGUUGUUAUGUCGGUGUCAACACCCGUUGACGGAGUCUGGUCAAACGACAGCGUUGACGACACCAGCAGGCAGCACUGCUUACUUUAGGAAUCCUGCCUUCUUACUUCUUCUUCACUUCCAUUUCAAUCACACACUUGCAUUGACAUCACCCUUCCAACUCUCUACUCAUCAAGUUUCCAGAACUAACCUCCAUCGAUCAUGGGUUCCAUUAACAACGAUACUGGUGGUGGUGGUUGUGAUGGGGAAGAUAGAAUUGAUGCUCUUGGAAGGCUCUUAACCCGUAUCCUGCGACAUAUGGCUUCUGAGCUGAACUUAAAGAUGAGGAGUGAUGGGUAUGUCAAGGUUCAAGAUCUAUUGAGACUUAACAUGAAGACAGCCGCCAAUGUUUCAAUAACUUCUCAUACUUUUGAUGAUAUUAAGGAGGCUGUCAGAUUGGAUAACAAGCAGCGGUUUAGCUUGCUUGAAGAAAAUGGGGAGCUUUUGGUUCGUGCAAACCAAGGUCAUACACUCAUGUUGGUUGAAACUAAAAGGUUACUUAAACCCAUCCUCUCACCUAAAGAAUAUCCUGUUUGUAUACAUGGAACCUACAAAGAGAAGUUAAAUUCAAUCUUGGAAAGUGGUCUUAAACGCAUGAAAAGGUUACAUGUACAUUUCUCUUUUGGAUUACCAACCGAUAAUGAAGUAAUUAGUGGGAUGAGGAGGGAUGUCAACAUCUUGAUCUAUCUUGAUGUUAGGAAAGCCAUCAAAGGGGGGAUGAAGCUUUACAUAUCGGACAACAAGGUGAUCUUAACAGAAGGUUUUGAGGGUGUUGUCCCUGUCAAGUAUUUUGAGAGGAUAGAGUCAUGGCCAGAUAGGAAACUUAUACCUUUUUAAUACACUCUCAUCAUCAACUGAAGUAAGCAUCAUGAUUUUGACAUAUGUACAUGUCGAAUAUAUCUCAAAAGAAGGAUGUUUAAUUGGUUUACAUGUUUUAUUCUGUUUGUGUUAUUUAAUAUAAUAUGAGAACAAAUAAAGUUUUGAUC